AUGGCGCAGCAGAAAGUGCACAUCGAAAAGGCACAGAACUUCAUGCGCCAGUACCGGGAUCCGGAAUCGAGGGAACUGAAGAAACUGUCGGCUAAUCAGUUCAUGGACGUUUGGAGUCACUAUGAUCGAGACGGAAAUGGAUACAUUGAAGGCACAGAGCUGGAUGGCUUCCUCAAAGAAUUUGUCUCCAGUGCGAAUGCGUCCGAUCUUGGGCCAGAGUCACUGACGGACGAGAUGCUGGUAGAGCUAAAGGCGUGCUUUAUGGAGGCGUACGACGAUAAUCAGGACGGAAAAAUUGACAUCCGAGAGCUCGCCCAGCUGCUGCCGAUGGAGGAAAACUUUCUGCUGCUGUUCCGAUUUGAUAACCCGUUGGAGUCGAGUGUCGAAUUUAUGAAGAUCUGGCGGGAAUACGAUUCGGACAACAGCGGCUACAUCGAAGCUGAUGAGCUGAAGAAUUUCCUCCGUGACCUGCUGAAGGAAGCCAAGAAAAUUAACGACGUGUCGGAAGAUAAAUUAAUCGAAUACACGGACACAAUGCUGCGAGUUUUCGAUGCCAACAAAGACGGUCGAUUGCAGUUGUCGGAAAUGGCCAAGUUACUACCCGUGAAGGAGAAUUUCCUCUGCCGACAAGUGUUCAAGGAAGGCAGAAUAGACGAAGAAGGUGCUGCCAAACUGACGAAGGAGGAUAUCGAAAAAGUGUUCUCCCUCUACGAUAGGGAUAAUAACGGUGCAAUCGAAAACGAAGAGUUACGUGGUUUCCUUAAGGAUUUACUAGAGUUAGUUAAGAAGGAUUACGACGCCCAGGACUUAAAUGAGUUCGAGGAAACAAUCCUACGGGGCGUUGGUUACGAUAAGGACGGCAAAAUUUCGCGCAAAGAACUGACGAUGAUCCUGCUGGCACUGGCCAAGCAGCCCCCGGAGGAUGAGCAGUAA